AUGGCCUCCCACGACUACUACAGCGAGGACCACCUCAACAAGCCUCUGCCCCCACCGCUGACUUCCUCGCCGGCCCCGAUGGAUGGUCCCCAUCGCCAGGACACGGUCGGCUCCUACGCCAGCUCGCACUACUCACAGCGAGGCAACACCCUUCCCGCCCACCAAGCAUACCCUGCGAGAUCCGACACCUACGCCUCAGCUGUCCCAUCGCUCCCCUCCAUCCCACCACAGCACAGGCAAGACACAUACAGCUCGUCGGUCUACACUGCGCCAACAGCUUACGGGGCACCCACUCCCGCGCCGGCACCCUCUCUGUACUCGAACGCCCCGUCCUACUCGAAUCCCCCUUCAUACACGACCCAGCAGCACCUGGGCACCCAGCCACCAGGACAGGAACCUUCGCCAGUCUCGACUAAAUCCGUUUCGCCCUUCGAUACCGUUUUCGACGACCAUGCCUACCCAGCGAGCUCGUAUCAGUCUGCAGGGUCGAGUCGCCAGCACCUGACGGGCCAGGAUACAUCAUACCAUGGCGGAAAUGGCUCGCCAUCCGACGACCGAGGACAUCCGCAAGACGCCAUUCCUCUGCAGGACCGUGGAGCCAAAGAUCCGAAUGACGAUCUCGACCACGUCUACGAGGCGCCGCAGCGGAGACGGAAGGAGAGGAAGCAAGGCGUGCGGUUUGGCGAGCUGGGCAUGUUCGGCGCAUACGGCAACCGCAUUCCUUGGGUCGUCUACAUCUUCACCGUGGUGCAGGUAGGCGUCUUCAUCGGCGAAGUUGCGAAGAAUGUCAUCGAGACCGGUUCUCCGAUCAUGAUAAAACCCUCCUUCAACCCAAUGAUCGGCCCGUCGACGUAUGUUAUGAUCAACUUCGGCGCCAGGUUUACGCCUUGCAUGCACAACGUGGACGGCAUCACGAACGCCCACGAGAACAUAAGCUGGCCCUGUCCCAGCACCACCUCAUCCGACACUGCUACAUAUACCUGUACUUUGUCCGACCUGUGUGGAUUCGGGGGCAUUCCUGAGCCCAAAUACAGCGCCGACGCAAGCAUGAGCGACAAACCGGAACCUAACCAGUGGUGGCGCUUCAUCGUGCCCAUGUUCAUGCACGCCGGACUCAUCCAUAUCGCCUUUAACCUGCUGCUCCAGCUAACCAUGGGCAAGGAGAUGGAGAGGUCUAUCGGGUCACUCCGGUUCUUCUUGGUCUACGUGUGCUCUGGAAUAUUCGGUUUCGUUUUGGGCGGCAACUACGCAGGUGCCGGGUUGGCUUCUACCGGCGCAUCCGGCUCACUUUUCGGCGUCAUCGCUCUGACACUGCUCGACCUCUUCUAUUCCUGGUCGGACCGUAUCACGCCUGUGCGGGAUUUGAUGUUCAUAAUGUUGGACAUCAUCAUCUCAUUCGUCCUCGGUCUCCUACCAGGUGUUGACAACUUCUCCCACAUCGGUGGCUUGUUGAUGGGUCUCGCUCUGGGCCUCUCAGUGCUGCACUCCCCGAACGCGUUGCGUCGCAGGAUAGGCGAUGACUCGCCCUACUCGACAGUCAACUCAGGCUAUACAGGGGACAAGCCACCAGGGUUCCUAAAGAACCCGGUUGGCUUCUUUAAGGGCCGAAAGCCAUUCUGGUGGGCCUGGUGGCUGGUCCGUGCUGGUGCGUUGCUGCUGGUAUUUGUUGUGUUCAUUGUGCUGCUGCAGAACUUCUACGUCUAUCGUAAGACCUGCAGUUGGUGCAAGUAUCUGAGUUGCUUGCCUGUCAGCAACUGGUGCAACAGCGGGCUUACGUUCACAUAA